UCCCAGAAAGUUUGUGAACUUUUUCUUGAAACUCGACUGCGAAUCCGAAGUUGGAAAGCCCAGGAAGCUGUGCGCGGCUGAAGGGCGACGACUCGAGUCAGAGUCGCGAAGGUCCAUAUCGCUGGAGGGAGGUCGAAGCGUCUGGACGAUGGUGGACCCUGUGGUUGUUGGGAUGCUUUCCAUGAUCGCGGCCGCCUGCCUUCUGGCCUCUAUCUCCUUCUCCGCAGCCAUCUGGCGCAGCUUCUCGAUGGGCUCGAAGCUCUUUCUCCGCCUAAGCAUCUCAGUGGAGAGUCCUUGCUCUGGCUCGGUGUUGAUUGCAUCCCAGGAUGCGUUCCUCUUUAGUCUCGUGUCGCGGUUCUGAAGAUGGAUGUUGCGCA